CGUUCAAACAAGCACACGUCACUCGUAACUUGUCUCACGAGGAGGUUUCUCUCCUCUUCUUUUUCACCCGGUGCAGCAUCAGCUCGUGAAAAUGCGGACAGCCUCUCUUAUUGUUCUUCUUGGGGGGAUUUUAGAGCUGGUUUUGGCACGGUGUCCCCAGGAGUGCCGGUGUCCCAGCGAGGCUCCCAGAUGUGUGCCUGGGGUCAGCCUCGUCCCGGACGGCUGCGGCUGCUGCAGAGUUUGUGCGCGACAGCUCAACGAGGACUGCAGCAAGACCGAGCCGUGCGACCACGCCAAGGGGCUGGAGUGCAACUUCGGAGCUGGAUAUGGCACAGCUAAGGGCAUCUGUCGAGCCAAAUCGGAUGGAAGAACUUGCGAGUACAACAACAAGAUCUACCAGAACGGGGAGAGCUUCCGGCCAAACUGCAAACACCAGUGCACUUGCAUGGACGGCGGCGUUGGAUGCGUCUCCCUGUGCCAGCACGAGGUGACGCUGCCCAAACAGGGCUGCGCCAAGCCCAGGCUGCUCAAGGUGCCCGGCCGCUGCUGCGAUCAGCUGGUGUGUCUGAAAGAAAGCAAGGCGGGCAGCUCUCAAGCCGAGAAGAGCAGCCAGCAGCAGCAGCACAGGGGCGUCAGCCAGUCUGAGGACUACCUCACCAACGAGAACGAACUGCUUCCCAUGGGGGGCAGCGCACCGAUCAGGUCUUUACCCGCUUUCGUGAGGGAGCCAGCAAGCCACAUGUCUUCCAGAGGAAGGAUGUGUGUGCUUCAAACCACUGCUUGGUCCCCCUGCUCCAAGUCCUGUGGUACUGGAUUGUCCACAAGGCGGUCCAACCGCAACGGCCAAUGUAAACUAAUGAAGGAGACCCGGAUCUGUGAAGUCCGUCCAUGCACUCGUGUGACUUUCACCAGCUCCAAGAGGGGUCAGCAGUGCAAAGGCAUUGAGAAAGCCAGCCACCCUGUUAAGCUGUCCCACGCAGGCUGCCAUAGCCUGAAGAAGUUUCGGCCCAGGUACUGUGGAGCCUGUGCAGACGGGCGCUGCUGCAGCCCUCACCAGACCCGGACGGUGCCGGUCCGCUUCCGAUGCGAGGACGGCGAGACAUUCAACAAGAACGUGAUGAUGAUCCAGUCUUGCAAGUGUGACCUCAGCUGCCCCCACACCAACAACGAGCUCCUGCCUUCCAUAGACCCUUACAUGACGUCCACAAACAGGGGCGCAAAGAAAACUCUGACAUGAGCUUGAAGUCGAGCGUGAAGAAGUCGAGAGAAUUAGUUUUAAGUGAAAGAGGAGAGGUAUGCUCAGAAAUGAGGAGGGGUAUGCUCAGAAAUGUUGAAUGAUAUGGACUAACAUGCACUGUCAGACUGUGGCCAUCUGUAAGAUGAGUUCAGUGAUAUUUAUCAUUAGUGAAUGUGCUUCACAUUGGAGCCUCGUGGUUUGCUUCAUUAGUGAAGCUAUUGUUAAAUUGUAAUAAUUCAAACGAACCAAUUCUCAGAAGCAAACAUACUAUGCAUAUGUUGCAUAUUAUGCACGUGUUUUGAAGUUUGUGCUUCUAGUAUCACCACUUCAUCCAGUUAACAUGGUAAUAAAGACACGCAGCUAUAUUAUUGUAGCUGCCAAACAUGUCAGUGUUUCCAUACUUCCUCAUUUUGUUAUUUAUGAAACUGUUUUAAUACCGUUUA